GAUUUUCCACCAUUCGAUCAAAUCAGCUGUGCACACUAAAAUUUUCAAGCCGCACGUUUUGACAAGAGUUCAAACCACCGUCUAAUAUAAUUCCAUGUGGGAUCUUUGAGAUAUAAUUCGCCUGAAAUAUUCUGCCAUCGUUUCCUGACCAAGUUUUGAAUUUCCGAUUAGAUCGAUGGACUGAUUCAACGCUUGGGUGGAUUACAUCAUCAUCUCCAGUCUGCAUUUUAAAAGAAAAUUUCCUUAACUUGUACAGUUGUUCAUCAAAGAUCAAAAUGUCUGAAAAGAAAUCUGAAGUUUUCGACCCCACCUUUUCCGGUGCGGAGAGCCAAUCUGGAAGACUGAGGAGGAAGAUGGAAGAAGCACCUCUCUUUCCCAUAGGAAUUUUGGGCUGUCUUGCGGCCGUCGGGUACGGAGCUUACAGUUACAAGAACAGGGGCAAAAUGUCCACUUCAGUGUUCCUGAUGCAACUGCGAGUCACUGCUCAGGGUGCAGUGGUUGUUUGUUUGACUGCCGGCAUCGGAUACUCUCUGUUCAAGGACUUUUUGCUCCCAAAAAUCGACAAGAAAGACUGAUCGAGGAGCAGUAUUAUUUCCUUCCCGUAGACCAAAUUGUGUAAAUGUUUGAUAGGAGAUUAUGAAAAAAUGCUUCGGCACAACACGUCGAGAAGUUGUAACAAUUUGCAUUUUGUCACAUGGUGGCCAAUUUGUUUUGGGCUGGACCCAGUUUCAUUUUAGAGGGAAAACGUGUAAGUUAUUAAAUGGAUGAUAAAUAAAAUGUGGAUUGUUGAAAAAAGUUUCAAAUAAUGU